UCGAGCUGAAAACCACCUCCGAAAAUGCACUAAGCAACGCCGUGGCGCACACUAAGCAGCCAGUGGACUUAUCAAUGCACAUCAAACUCCAUGCAACGUCUCCAAACACUUCCCUUUCCACCAUUUAGAUUGCUGCAUUCUUCCCCAUCGGUUUCGAAUCGCAGGCUGCAAGCCUUGCGCUCGGCCUCCGGCUUGUCGCAACCUUAUCUGCGAUGCCCCUAAGUCAUUCCCGGCUAGCGAGUGAGUAAUGGUUGGAGUGCCCGGUCGCUCAAAAGGUUGCAAGACCUGCAGGGCGAGGAAGAAAGGAUGUGACCUUCAGCGGCCUCAAUGUGGCCAAUGUAUUCGCAGCAAGGUCAUGUGUGGCGGCUACAACCGAGACCUCACAAUCAUUCAGCAUAAUCCCUCUAUUCCCGUACCAAGAAGCCGUACAGAUCUGUCACGCCGAACCGCUGCAAAGCCACGACCAGACCAGACAGCCUUGCACUUGCGAGCGGUGUCAUCCUUUGAACCCUUGCCACAGAACCUUGGUUGUUCAGCGUUCGAGACUAAGACAUUUGAGCUUUUCUGGACCGACUUCCUUCCCAGAGACCACCGGUGUAGUACUCAACAUUAUGGUAUCCCUGCAGUGACCCAGUGGGCAAAGGCCAUAGAGAAAUACAGUCCUGGCUGUGAGGUUCUGAGGUCUGCGUUUCGCGCUGUGAGCACUUCAAGGAUUGGGUUGACUAGCGGAAACGCAGCCAUGACACAGCAAGCGAUCGAGCUUUAUGGGAGAGCUCUCGCCCAAGUCAACCGGGCUCUGAGAGACCCGCAGCAGGUCGGAAGAGUCGAGUUGGUUGCUUCCUGUAAACUGCUUGCGAUGUUCGAACAAUAUAACAGUGCCAAGGACAGGAGGGCUCCAGGUACGAACUGGAUAAAACAUGUCCAAGGCGUAGGUCGACUCAUUGAGCUCCGAGGGCCACAGCAGCAUUGUUCGGAUGACGAGCACAUCAUGUUCAUUGAUGCCCGUUUACCACUAGUCAUCGCUGCUAUUGGUCUCCGGAAAGCGACGUACCUUGCAAGACCAGAGUGGAAUACUUUGCCAUGGGAGAGGAAGCCGAAGACGAUCAGAGACGAGUUGGUCAGUAUUUUUGCGCUCUUCCCCGCCAUUCUCGCAGAGCACGACACCAUUCAGUUGAGCAUGAAAACCCCGAACUGUGCAGAGUUAGCGAAACUUCAAGGCUUGGUAAGGCGGUGUUGGAGAAUAGACCAACAACUACAAAGAUGGAGUCAACGAUUUUCCCGUCAGCUAUCAGACUCCCCCCUUAAGAUACGUUUGAUGGCGGAUGCCUUCACGUCUGACCCGGGAAGUCUCUCACCUGAGGAUUUCGUACCUUUAGGAUACGACGUCCUAUAUACGGCCGUUCUAUAUUGGACUGCAUGCUUAUAUACCUAUAACUUCCUGCACACUGCUAUCAAAACUUUGUCAGAACAUGAAUCAGACAAAGCGCACGUAGUGCUUCCAACGAGGACGUAUCCGAAACUCUACGCGAUAAACAUCUCCCGAUUGACGAAGUACUUCUUCAGAGAAUACUCGGGCUUGUUUUCUAGUCAAGCUAUCACUUUCCCUCUUAGUUCAGCUCUACAGUAUGUCGCCGAAGCUGGGGGAGACCCAGAAGUAGAGUUCGCCGAACUUGUGAACACGAUGCAACAGUUGUCAAAAAUGCCAUCUUAUUCCUGGAUUGGACACUUCAUGCGCGGCAUGCGAGCGGCAUGUGUGUCUCAUAGAGACCUGCUUGUGUUAGGGUCAACAACAUCUGAUUCGGUCGAUACACCGUCUUUGUAGGCUUCGCACGGUUCUUUGUGUCAAUGUCGCUUUAUUACGGCCGUGCAACACUCCUUGGACAAAGAAUAUCCAUGAGUGCCUUUGUCUAGACAAAGCCAGAUAGGUCGAGUCGCGCCGCGCCUUCGUAGCAACACCUCCGAAUGGCAUCUUGUUUCGGCCAAA